AAAAAGGAAUUUUCCAUAUUUGGUCCCCCGGUUUCCAUUGGGUAACAGCCAAUCACUAUUUUGUAAAUUCCCUGGCCCCAAUUUGGAAUUCACGGAUCACUACAGAGAAAUUAAGAAAAAGGGCUACAAAUUUGCUGGAGUUUUUGCCACCAUACGACCUAUAUUGGUAAUAGCAGACACAGAAAUAGUGAAGGAUAUAUUGGUGAAGGAUUUUGACCAUUUUGUGGAUCGUGGAUUUUAUAAAACCGCUUCGGAUCCAUUGUCAGUAACUUUGUUCAGCAUGGACGCUGUGGAGUGGAGAAAGACUAGGAUAAGAUUGACGCCUACCUUCACUAGUGGAAAACUAAAAAUGAUGUUUCCAUUGAUCAUAUGUGUAAGUGCAUCAAUGAUUGAAGAAAUUGAUGAUUUGGCGAAGGAGAAUUCCGAUAUUGACAUCAAGAAGAUUGCGACAAACUUCACCAUAAAUACCCUAGCAAUAUGUGCUUUGGGAAUAGAACCAGGAAAAUCUGAGAGUUCCUAUAUUUUAUCUGAAAUGGCCCAAAAGCAUUUUGAUGUUCACACACCGAUAGAUCUUCUGAAGUAUUCGUUAAUGAACAGAUUUCCAGACUUUAGUAGUAUAUUGGGACUUAAACUGCUGAAGAAGGAAGUUUCAGAAUUCUUUAUAACAGUUGUGAGGGAUGCCAUGAAAUACCGAGAAGAAAUGAAAUUAUUUCGACCAGAUCUUUUAGAGUUAUUGAUGAAUAUCAAAAAUGAAACCAAAAGUUCUCCCAAUCCCUUAACCGAUAAUCAAUUGAUUGCCGAAAUUUUUGAUUUCUUUCUUGCGUCACUCGACACAUCUUCAGCCACAAUUUCUUUCACUUUAUUCGAAUUAGGAAAGAAUCCUGACAUCCAAGAAAAAGUAAGACUUGAAAUUGAAGGCAUAUCAAACAAGCAUAAUGGCAAACUCAAUACAGACAGUCUCGCAGAAAUGAAAUACUUACAUCAGAUAAUUAAUGAGUCACUCAGACUAUAUCCGCCAUUACCUACUUUGGAGAGGAAGUGCACGAAAAGUUAUAAGAUUAACGGUACUGAUUUGAUCAUAGAAAAGGGUACAUCUAUAGUUAUCCCAGUAUUUGGAAUACACAGAGAUCCCGAACACUAUCCAGAUCCAAAAAAAUUCGACCCAGAAAGAUUCAGCGACAGUAAUAAAGGAAACAUAAAAGCAAAUACCUACCUUCCAUUUGGUAUUGGUCCAAGAAGUUGUAUAGGUCUUCGUUUCGGAUAUCUUAUGGUUCAAAUAGCUCUUAUCGAAAUUUUGAGAAGAUACAGAAUCGCUGUGAGCCCAUCAACAUGUUUGCCUAUGGAUAUGGAUAAACAAGUUUUGAUGCUUCUUCUGAAAAAUCCAAUUCUGCUAAAAGCUACGAAGAUUUGAAUAUUGUGUUAUUUGUGAAUAUUUUUGUAUUUUUAUCAAGUGUGACCGUAAAAUCUAUAAUCAAUAAAAAAACAUGAAUAAUCGA